AUGUAUCUACCCAAGUUACUCAUACUCCUAGUCGUUGGGGUGAUUGUGUACAAAACAAUCAGAUCCAAGAUUAGAAAGCGCCAGAUUCGACAGAAAGAGGCUGAAUUAGGAUGUCUUCCUCCACCAGUCUUUCAAUUGACCAACGGGCUAGGUCUCCCGGUCAAGAAGGAAUCACUCCAAGCGACAAACGAAGACCGCAAUCCUCAAUAUAUUAUGGACACGAUGAAUAGCAUUUCACCAGACUGCCACACCGUCCGCGUCCCGAUCUUCGACUAUGAGAUUUUCGUCACUCGGGAUCCCGAAAAUAUGCGUGCUAUCUUUUCGACACAGAGCAAUGACUUUGAUAUUUCGGUCUUUCGGCAAAUGAGCUGGAUGCCGAUGAUCGGAAGAGGAAUCUUUACUACUCGUGGCUGGGAUUGGAAACACUCUCGCUCGCUCCUUCGACCGCAAUUCGCACGGGAUAUCGUAUCUGACGUUGAGCGAGAGGAAAGGCACGUACAAGCGCUGAUGAAACGAUUACUUGUUGAACCAAAAUCGAAGUGGACCGAAAAGGUGGACCUGCAGCCAAUGUUUUUCAACUUCACACUCGAUACGGCAUCUGAAUUCCUCUACGGCAAAUCUGUUAAUUCCCAGGAAGGCACAAAACAUGGCAUUGAGAUGGCGACUCACUUUCACAAUGCCAAGAUGGCAGUCCACAGACGUAUCGAGGUCGACAAAUUCUACUGGCUAGUAAACAGCAGGAAGUUUCGCAGAUCGUGCAACAGCCUCCACCAGUGGGUUGACGAGAUCGUCGCCUCGAGGCUGUCGCAGCUCAAGGUCGAGAAAAGUAUGAACGACGAGCCAAAACAGCGAAAAUUUGUCCUACUUGAUGAACUAGCAAAGGAAACACAGAAUAUUAGCGAGCUCCGUGGUGAGACAUUGAAUGUACUCGUUGCUGGGCGUGAUACCACAGGGUCUCUUCUCGGUUGGAUCUUUUAUUUCCUUGUUCGCCAUCCAGAAGUGUAUGCAAAACUGCGCGAAACGGUCAUAAACACCUUUGGUGCCCAUCCGACGCGAACAAAAAUUGAUUUCCACGUUCUUCGCAACUGCACGUAUUUGCAGAAUGUGAUGAAAGAAGCUUUACGCAUUGCUACAGUCAUUCCUAUGAAUGAACGAGUGGCACUUCGCGACACGACCUUGCCUGUUGGAGGCGGCGAGGAUGGAAAAGGCAAAGUGUUCAUCCCAGGCGGAACACAGAUUCUGAUCCCGACCUAUGCGAUGCAACAUCGUAAGGAUCUCUGGGGACCAGAUGUUGAGGAAUUCAAGCCAGAGAGGUUUGAGAAGAAACAGCCUGGAUGGGAGUUUAUCCCCUUUGGAGCGGGAGACAGGAAAUGUUUGGGACAGCAAUUCGCUUUCACUGAAGCUGGGCACGUUGUGGUUAGAUUCCUUCAGCGCUUCGACAAGAUGGAGAAUCUGGAAGAAGGUGAUGGUCGUAUCCGACUCCAUCACGCCAUUGAGAAUAGAAGCGGAACAGGAGUCCAGGUGAGACUUCACGAGGCCGAGUUUUAG